UGUGGUUGUGUUGUGUCGCCGACACUAUCACAACAUAUUGAGUAACAAGAAUCCCAUUAAUCCCUCAUCUCAUCCAGAAUUUUACAAAAUCAAACAUUUUAAUUAAUGUCAGAAUUGAAAUGACUUUCUCUGCAAUAUUCUUGUAAUUCUUUAGGAAUUAAACAAUAAUUUUUGGUCACAAAAAUGAGUUUCGUAUUGAGAAUGAAGUCUCAAUUGAAUGAUGUAUUUUCGCAAUUUGGCAAAUAUAUAGCGCCCACCUAUUAUCACGACAGGUGUGAAAGAUCUCUUCAGAUGUACUUAUAUGUAAUGCACAAAAGGGAAAUCCUGUUAUCAUUAUUAGCCCUAUUAUCUACUUAUAUAUUACUGCUAUUCAUCGGCUUCGCGGGACCUAAUGUUCAUAAAGUGAAUAAGAUAUCGGCCACAGAAAUAUUCACCGAAUCGCAGAUCAACAGCUCGUACACCAAUCGCCUCAUGUCUUCGGGACCAUUCGUCGUGACCACACCUUCGCUCAACACAUACUCUCAACGGCUCUGUCUUUUCCUAACAUUUCACCUGAAGAACGAAGAGGCGUCGGAAGCGUUUCACAAAGACAUUGUCGUCAAAAUGAAAUUGGAUGGCAUCGACUCGUCCAACAAAAACAUAUCAAUCGUUAGCGACAGCUCUCUGUCGUAUCCGCUGUACUGCGGGGGCCGACAGUGCGAACCCAUACAAGUCCUUCAUCUGACUUACAUCGCGUACACACACUAUAGAGUUAACAUAGCUUUCGAUAGCUUGGAAUCCGUUAACAAUAAGUAUGUCAUCGAAGACAUAGUAUUCACGUUUCAGUCGAUCAACACGUCGUUCACCACUCUUUCCAUUUGGUUCCGAUUCUUCUUCCUAUUGAUAGCGUUUUGCGUAAUGUUUUGGUUCACACAUAGUCUCUAUCGGUUCCCAUUCAUCGACUGGUCUCUGGAGCAGAAAUGGACGGCACUUCUUCUGGUGCUACUUCUGGUGACCGACAAUCCCUUCUAUUCGAUGCAAUUCCUGUUCGGGUCAGCGCUUCCACGGCUGAUGGAAAUCGUGUUCCAGAGUUCGCUAAUGUGUGCACUAAUGCUGUUCUGGUUGUGUUUCUUUCACGGCAUUCGUCAGAAUAACCGCUCGCUGUCGCGAUUCUAUGCGCCCAAACUGUCCCUAAUGUUUCUUCUCUGGUUCGUUAUGGUGUACGUCAUGUCCGGUUCGGUCACUAAUCAAUUGGAAAAUCCCAUCUUUGAUGAGACCAAACAUUUCCAGAACUCGACAUUUUUGCAGUUCACGAAUGUACUCUUCUAUCUCCUUCUCAUCCUUUACUUCAUUUAUUUAAUCCUUUUAAUGAUGUCUGCGUUCACUGAACUCCGAUCGAUGCCAUACUUCGACAUUCGGCUUAAACUUCAAGCAUUUUUGUUGAUAUUUGUGGUGACCAUUUCGUUGCUGACUAUCGCGUUGUCCUCUUCCUCAUCAGCCAUAAGCACAAUACCAUUCCUCCAAAUGCUUCCGUUCAGCUAUUAUUACGGAUCUUCGGCCGCAUUCCUGUCUAUAUUCUCGAUCGCCAAUCUCUAUGUCUGUAUUUGUGCCUAUUAUUACAGGCCAUCUCUCAACCAACUCACGGACUGUCGAGUGGUUAGAGACAAUCCCACGCUUUCGAUGAUCAAUGAUUCCGACGAAGACGUUAUCUAUGGCAGCGAUACUGAAGAACCGCUUCAACCGCCGAAACUCAUUGAGACCAAGAAUGACGACGAAGAGAGCGAUUGAUAAUUACUGAUCCAAUUCAUCAACAAAUCUAUAUAACUAUUGGUCUGAAUAGUCGUUGAUAUCCAAUAACUUUUUUUUGUGUCAAUAACUUCUUUGCUUGUUAUUAAUACUUAACUUAAUAUUCAAAAUAUUACUUAAUUUAU